UUAUUAACGUCAGUUUUGUAUCCUUUCUAAGUUGCGAUCCCUUUACUAUGAAAGGACCAAAGCGGAAGUGAAGGAACUCGGAUGUCAAGAAGUAAGUGAAGAAAAACCAGAAGAGGUUUGUUUUUUUACUGAUACGAAUAAAGAUGGCAUCCAGCAACCUAAGUGCUGAGGAGGAGCGGAGCCUGAUGGAAUGCGAGCAGUACGUCCAGAAGCACAACAUCCAGCAGCUGCUGAAAGAUUGCAUCAUCCAGCUCUGCACAGCACGGCCGGAACGACCCAUGGCUUUUCUGAGAGAGCACUUUGAAAAACUAGAGAAGGAGGAGGCUAAAAAGGUGGCUCCACAGCACAAGGCCAACUCUGUGUCAGACUCUCGUGAGGAUGAAGUGUCUCCACCCAUGAACCCUGUGGUCAGAGGUCGGAGCCGGAGAGGAGCGAUCAGUGCCGAGGUGUACACGGAGGAAGACGCCGCCUCGUAUGUCAGAAAGGUGGUUCCUAAAGACUACAAGAGUAUGGCAGCUCUGGGCAAAGCCAUGGAGAAGAACGUGCUGUUUGCUCACCUGGAUGACAAUGAGAGAAGUGACAUUUUUGACGCCAUGUUUUCUGUCAACUUUCUCGCCGGAGAGACAGUCAUCCAACAAGGUGAUGAAGGAGACAACUUCUACGUGAUUGACCAGGGAGAGAUGGAUGUUUAUGUGAACAAUGUUUGGGUGACCAGUAUUGGUGAGGGAGGAAGUUUUGGGGAGCUGGCCCUCAUCUACGGGACCCCACGUGCAGCAACAGUCCGGGCAAAGUCCAACGUCAAGCUGUGGGGCAUCGACCGAGACAGCUACAGGAGGAUACUGAUGGGGAGCACUUUGAGAAAGCGCAAGAUGUACGAGGAGUUCCUCAGCAAGGUUUCCAUUUUAGAGUCUCUGGACAAGUGGGAGCGUCUGACCGUGGCUGACGCCCUGGAGACGGUGCUGUUUAAGGACGGACAGAAAAUCGUGGUUCAGGGAGAACCUGGUGACGAGUUCUUCAUUAUCCUGGAGGGCACAGCAGCAGUUCUUCAGAGAAGGUCCAAGGAUGAGGAGUUUGUGGAGGUGGGCAGACUGGGACCUUCUGACUACUUUGGUGAGAUCGCCUUGCUGAUGAACCGGCCCCGCGCUGCCACCGUGGCUGCGUGCGGACCUCUGAAGUGUGUGAAACUGGACCGGCCGAGGUUUGAGCGAGUCCUGGGACCCUGCUCCGACAUCCUGAAGAGGAACAUCGAGCAGUACAACAGCUUUGUUUCCCUCUCCGUCUGAGCUCCAGCCCUCUGACCCGCAGCCUCCACCUCUGCACUUCACUUUGCCGUGUAACCACACCCACAUCCCUCUGUUACUGCCUGUCAUUAUUUAUUGUAUCUGUGGGUAUAUUCUCAGAAGAUCUACUGUGGGCCGUGACGUAAAAACACAGGUUUCCAUCAUUCAGCUCCCUCAGGGUCACUAGGACUGUACGUUGGCAGUUUAGACAGUAUUUCCAGGUUGUUCCUGUGAAACAUCAGUGAUUCUUCCAAAAUAGUUCUGUUUUUAUUGUCCACAGUGUGACAGUAGUAGUUUGACAUUUUAUGAAGUUUAUCCAAACCAAAGACAUUCCUCUUAGUUGUCAGACUAACGUUAACGUUAACCUCUUAUUAAGAUAAUAGAACUGGGUCAGGGUGUCGGCCUGGUCCACUGUCCUCGUCCCACGGCUCUUUGUUUGUUCGUUUGUCUUGAUGUUCUUUACAUUUUUUUUUUAAAAAGGUCACAGACAUUUGACUGCAUUUGUCCAACGUUGUGUUUGUCUUGUUUUGAGACAAAAUUCUCCGGUAAAUUCCAGUCACAUCAUCGUCACCGUUUGAUUAUUUACUUUUAACACUUUUCGUUAUUUCUGCCUUUCAGCUCACUCUGUUUCCUCCUCGUUACUGAAUCUUGACAAAGCAGACAUUUCAGUCUCACUUUAAAAAAAAAAAAAACGAUGUGGUGUGUUUGGAUUUAUAUACUGUAUUUUGUGUGAAAAACAAAAACAAAACAAUGUGUGAAAAUGAUGCAUGUUUUAGGCUAAAUUUCCAGAGUGACCACUGACCACUGCCAAAUAGUGAGACACGACAGCCCCCUGUUGGUAACUGAACAUCGGCAGUUAUUGUUAUUAUAAGUUUUAGAUUUAUAAAUAUCAGGAUGACUUUAAUACAGUUUUUUUCCUUCUAGUUUUCAUGCUAUAAAUUUGGUUCAUGUUCGUAACAUGGAGUUAGUCUGUGACACAGGUGACUGAGUUUUUAUUUGUUGUUGUUGUGUUUAGCUUGAACACCAAAGGAAAGAUUAGACUGACUAAAGGAAAAAGUCAUGUGACUUAUAUGUAAACUACUUUUAAAAAACACCAUAAGGAAGAUAUUUUUAAAUUCUGACACAGUGUAGAGUGGUUAGUGCUCUUGCCUUACAACAUGACGUUCACUUGUUUGAUCCCUGGUCCUCCCUGUGUGUGUUUUCUCCAGCCCAGUCUCCCACAUGCAGGUUAAGGGAUGAGUUAGCACUUUGACGUUGUUGGUCUCCUGUCACGCAGUCACAGUGUUUCCUGGUCACACAUCUGUAGCUGCAGAUCUGGUACUGUUGACCUGAUGGAGCUGUGAACACCAGAGAACAUGGAGAACAGUUUAGUUGACCUAACAUUUCACCUCACAUCCAGAACAAGUGAGUGAUUAUUUUCAGGCUGCAUUCAACAGCAAUCUGAUUGAUGUUCUCAGGUGGGGCCCCUGACGGCUUUAGGGGCCCAGACGUGUGCCUGCCCUGUUGUAACCACCCCUGUUCAGACACUGGUGUUGUGUCGUUUCACAGAAGUCUUAAUUAUCCUAAUUAUCUGUCAGACUGUUGGUACACAAUAAUGCUGUUUAAACCUGGUACUGUUGUUUUCCCCCCGUGUUCGUACACAUGCAGUAUUUUCCACUGACUGUAUAUGACGUAUUGCUGCGUUCACCUGGAUGUGUUCACUUUAAUAAUCCCGACUCAGUCCAACCUGUCACCAGUCUCUCAGAGGACCAGUCUUUUUACACUUUUUAUGACAAUUAUCCACUGAUUGUUCUUCAGUGACGCUGUGUGUUAAAGAGUUGUUUUUUUCUUCUUCACUGCACAGUCAAGCAAUAAAGAAAUCAAUCUUUU